CACCCAUUCUACCUAUAUUUUUUUUUCUUAUCCCCCUUCUUUCUCUUUCUCCUCUUUUCUUUUUUCUUUUUUUUGAUAAUAACUAUAAAAAGAAAGGUGUAUUCCAUAAUUAAAAUAUCAUGAGGAGUACACCCGGAGUACCACUGACUAUAGCUGAAGCCCAGCUAUCUUCUCCAUUGCCUUCUCCUAACCGACACUCUAUGAAUAGUUCUCAUUCCCAUAGCAUACACUCACAUACCCAUACAAAUACUACAUAUAAUACAUAUAACACAACUUCAGAUCUUGCAUCCCCAAUAGCCUCUUCAUCUGUCACACUUGUUCCUCUUCAUUUCGAUCCUCCUCGUUCUCUUCAUUCUGACUUAUACCCUUUAGCAACUCUGCCUACACCCAAUGCUAUGAGAAAAUUUUCAUUCGUAGUUGAUGAAAAAGUGUGUAUUUUUGAAGAGGUUCAGAUAUCUAGUAGAAAAAGAUCAGCUUCAUCCUGGGAUGAUGAAAGAAGCCCUAAACGUAGGGAAUUAGACAACACUGUCGAAUCUACUCCUCAAACCACAUUUUCACCUGGGCCAUCUUACCCAGCAUCCGAUAUCAUACCUGAUAGCCCCAACUCUGCUCUACCAUCACCUGUUUCUGAUUUAGACGAGCCUGAUUGGCCAACACAACAAGACCAUCAUGAAUUCAUUGAAGCAUACGAUACACUUCCACCACACAUUCAGACUUACCUGAUGUUCCAGCUCAUCAAGAGAACACCACGCAAUUUACUCAGGAUGGCCAAUGCGGCUAUGAUGCAGACACUCAAAAAAGACAUUAUCAUGAGCUUACCGAGUUCUAUCACAACUCGGAUUCUAAACUAUCUUGACGUGCGUUCAUUGUGUCGCGCUUCUGGUGUCAGUAAAGCAUGGAAGAGUUUGAUUGAUAAUGCCUCUGAAGUAUGGAAAUACAAAAUGGUUGAAUUGGAUUUCAUACCUUCUUCUACUGAAAAGCAUACUUGCACCUACAAGGAGAUUGUGCGCAGACAUUCUAUUAUGCGCCAAAACUGGAAAAAGAACCUUCAUCAUAAAAUGUUGCUUGAAGGCCAUGAAGAAGAUUUAGUGACCUGUUUACAGUUUGAUGAUGAUAAGAUCAUUACUGGGUCAGAUGAUCAUAGUAUCAAUGUCUAUGAUAUAAAGACAGGCGAAUUAAAGCGUGUCCUUAAAGGCCAUGAUGGUGGUGUCUGGGCCUUACAGUAUGUUGGCAACACACUGGUCACUGGCUCGAUUGAUCGAACUGUCCGUGUCUGGGAUAUUGAGCGUGGCAUAUGUCGCUUUGUCUUGCGAGGUCAUUCAAGUACAGUCCGCUGCUUGAAAAUCGUCAUGCCUACAGAAAUAGUACAUCCCGACGGUUCAGUCACGAUGGAACCUAGCGAGCCCAUUAUUGUAAGUGGUUCAAGAGAUACAACCAUUCGUGUCUGGAGACUGCCCGAUUUGGAAAACGAACCCGAACUACCCUUAUCCACUUGUCUAGAAGAUGAUGUGAUAUCCAAAAAAUUCAUCAAAUACAAGCUCGUUGAACAUGAACAUUCUGUACGUGAUUUAGCAGUGCAUGGCAAUACACUGGUCAGUGGUAGUUAUGACAACAAUGUGAUUGUAUGGGACUUGGAAACAGGUCGAAAAGUACAUAUCCUUCGUGGACACACAAUGAAAGUCUAUUGUGUAGCUAUUGAUCCUAAAAGAAGACAUUGUAUCAGUGGUGGUAUGGAUGCUUCUGUUCGUAUUUGGGGUAUGGAUGAUGGAGAAUGCAAGUUUAUUUUGCAAGGCCAUGCUAUUCUUGUUGGUCUAUUGAACUUGGCAGAUGAUUGCUUAGUAAGUGCUGCUGCUGAUGCUACACUGAGAACAUGGAAUCCUGCCAAUGGUGAUCGUCUUCAUAUCAUGGCUGGUAGUACAGGCCAUCAAGGUCCUAUUACUUCAUUUCAACAUGAUAAAUACAAAGUAGUAUCAGGAUCUGAAGGUGGUGUCAAGAUGUGGGAUACACAAACAGGUGAAUUAUUAUAUGAUUUGAUAGAAAAUGUUGCUGGUGUUUGGCGUGUAUGCUUUGAUGAAAGAAGAUGUAUUGCUGCAGUAAAGAAUGAGCAUAAAACACAAUUGAUUGUCUUGGACUUUGGUAUUCAUGGACUACAGUGAAUUUGACUUUAGAAAUACGACUUAAUAAACAUAUUAGUUCUGUUUAAAGAAAAAAA